AGCAGCGAGUCGCGAGAGUUUGGCCUCCACAAGGCGCUGGUGUAAUGGACGCCGCGGAGAGGCAGGAAUGGGGACUUCAGCUCGGCGCCGACGGCAAACGGCGAGGAACUCGACGUUAUAUUUGACAAACAGAUAAAACAUGAUCGCCGCAGGUUUGUCUUGGUUUAGGUCGACGUUAUUUUAAACCGUCACGCGAGUUUGUAUUUGCUCACGAUUGUGAAGCUGGAUUGUCGACAUAAGCGGGCGAGCUAACGGUUAGCUUAGCUAGUUUGCUAACCGCAGGCCUCUUUUGGGGGUUUUGUGACUUGUCAGUUUCACAGCCCCCGACACCCCCUCCCCCUGCGCCUGCCGCUUAUAGGCGCCUUUUCAAUCAAUUUUACGGUGAUUUCUCGACGGAGUGGCCUGUCCGCAUGACCUGGGAACGAGCUGGAGAGGAGCACCGCGUCAUUAAAAGUGAAAAGAGUUGCGGGAUCACUGGCCUGCUGAUGGACACAUAGGAACUGCUGUGUUCGUAUCGUUUCCAGCCGCUCGCAAUGAAGAGCGAGGUCCAGACCGACACACGCCGCAAACAGGACCCGCUGAAAGGGCCUCUGGUUAAUCCCGAGCCCAUGGAGACGGCUAAAAGUUUCCCCUCAGAGGUGGAUGUGAUCGGUAAGGCUGGAGGAGAUUUCACAGCGCUGUGUGGCGAGACAAGACAUCGUGCCCUAAGAGAUGCUGGGGGGCGCAGAGACUCUGAAAGGACCCGAAAGAAGCGAAAAAGCCAGCAGCCCGGACCCUCGGACUGCUCUCUAAAGGAAGGGAGACUGAGCGAAGCAGCGAUUCCUCCACACCGUCUGGAGGCACGCAGUGAGGACGAGCGGAACGCCGAAUCCUCAUUUAGUGACUGCGCCUCCUCGCCCUCAUCCAGCCUGCGCUUUGGCGAUUCGGAGACUUUGAGCUCGGAGGAAGACGGUCGGCAACAGCAGCACAUUAAAGCCUCAUCAGCCAGUGCAGGAGGAGGAACAGGGCCGACGCGUACCCUCCUGAAUCGAACCCGUCCCAGCAGGUCACACAAAUGGGCGCGACUUGAAAACCCAGAAGUCAGUCAUGUGAAACGACCGUGUCUCAGCUCACGGCGGCAGCUUAAUAGGAAGCGAUUUGCAAAGGGUGGGAAUGGAGGUGGAGCUCAGCGCACUCCAAAGCAGAAGGAGCGUCUGCUGCUGCAGAGGAAGAAGAGGGAGGUGAUCGCGCGCAGGAAGUAUGAACUCUUGCAUAGCAGCAGCAGCUCUAGUGAGGAGCUGACCUCUGACUCUUCCUCAUCCUCUUCCACUGAGGGGGAUGAUGAGCUGUAUGUGGGAGUGAGCAGCAGCGCUGGUAGUCAGAUGAACAGCACCACUGUGGCCUCAGGUGCACUGGAUGAAGAUGUGGUGGUGAUCGAAGCUACUCCUGCACCUCCGGUUCCAGCUAGUGAGGAGAUCAAUGUCACUUCCACCGACAGUGAGGUAGAAAUUGUAGGAGAUGCCUACAGGCCGCGGUCAGUGGGUGGUCAUGGCAGAAUGCACUGGGGGCCGAGUUGCUCUCAGAGUCGGGCUCAGGAGGGCCGAGGGCGCCAUCGUCUCUCCACAGUCAUCCAGCCCCUCAGACAGAGUGCCAGCGAGGUAGUGGACCUCACUGUGGACGAGGACGAUCUUUCAGUCGUGCCAACCACUUCUGACAGUGUGCACUUGCAGCCUGCCAGCUCCUCUGCCUCCUCUGCUUCCUCCCUCCUUGCCUCUACCUCAGAGCCCUCCCAGGAUGCCCCAGGCCCCUCCACUAGCUGCUCUGCUAUGGCCCCUGACAGCACGAUGGAGGUCCACAGUGGGGCCCCAGGGCCCAGCAACACCACCAGUCCUACAGAAGAAGACAGUAGGAGAGGUUCAUCUGGUGAGAGUGGUGGUGUUGCGAUGCCCAGGCUGCCGUCAUGUUGCCCUCAGCACUCUCCCUGCAGUGGCCCUUCCUCAGGGCACCUUUCCCUGAAUCACUCUCACUCAGGGUGUAUGCAGGCCGCGCAGGUGCAGCAGCACGGCCCCCCACAGCCCGGAUCUCAACACUCGCAUGGUCACUCUCAUCACUUCCACCAUCACCACCAUCACCAUGCAGGUACUGCGCCCUCUUCUCUGCCUUUCCCUGAGCCCAGCUGUCCCUUGGAGAGGCCCGGUGCCAUGCCCGUACCCUGCGGAGGGGUCAGCGCCAGCACCCAGUACCAUGACCAGCAGACCCUCCCAGUGGAUCUCAGUAGCAGUGCUGUCCGUAGCAGUGGCUCUAGCAGUAGCAGUUUCAGCAGCACCUCCGCCUUUGAUCCGUGCUGUCCAGGCAAUACCUCUCGGCCUCCUGCUUACGUUUCCCAGGCCACUCCAGGUCCAAGCCAGCCAAGCGUGGUGGAUACUUUCAGCCCGGCCUUGGUGGCCCAACCGCAGCCCCAGUCUCAGCUUUCAUCCUGCAGGCACUACAUGCAUCCCACCUAUGGUUCUCUGGCGCGCUCCUUACACCACCAGUCCUCCUCAUCGUGUCCUCACUCUCACAGUAACCCCCCUCCCCCUCCACAGCCUCCUCCUCAAAGCGACUACGUCAUUCCCCACCCUGUGCUCCCCUACCACACCGCGUUACCCUCUCAUGGCCCGGGCCACACUGUGCCUGCUGCCCCUGCUCCCUCUCUUCCACCCCACCACCUCCCAGGCUCUGCUGCCCCGCUGCCACAGCACCUGGCCCCUGAGCACCAGGCACUGCAGCACCACCUGCCCGUGUUGGGCCCCAAUGCCGUGCAGAGGCUCCACCAGCACGACAUUCUGCAGAGGAUGGAGGUUCAGAGGCGGAGAAUGAUGCAGCACCCCACCCGAGCACACGAAAGACCUCCCCCUCACCCUCACAGAAUGCACCCCAACUACGGUCAUGGACACCAUAUCCAUGUCCCCCAGACCAUGUCCUCACACCCGCGCCAGACUGACCAGAGAACCACAUGGGAGCUGGGCAUCGAAGCUGGUGUGACUGUAGCUCCGUACCCUUCAGGGCAUUUGCACCCUCAUCUGCCCCACUACCAUCCCCCACCCAGACUGCACCACUUCCCCAUCCCACUGAUGCACCAUGGCAUGUCCGAGGUCACCUAUCCUCACAUUCGCUACAUCUCAUCUAGAAUGACAUUUGGCCGAACAUACGAGGAUUUGCUGCAUUUAGAGGAGCGGCUGGGGACUGUGAAUCGAGGAGCCUCUCAGGGAACUAUAGAGAGGUGCACUUAUCCGCACAAGUACAAGAAGAGAAAGCUGCAUGGUAAGCAGGAUGAGGAGGAGGGCGCGGAAGAAGACACAGAGGAGAAAUGCACCAUCUGUCUUUCUAUACUGGAGGAAGGAGAGGACGUCAGGCGCCUCCCCUGUAUGCACCUCUUCCAUCAGCUGUGUGUGGAUCAGUGGCUCCUCACUAACAAAAAGUGCCCCAUCUGUAGAGUGGACAUAGAGGCGCAGUUAUCCUCUGAAAGUUGAUGCUGUUUUUCUAGUGACUUUUUUUUUUUUUUUUUUUUUUUUGUGUCGUUGUACUGUUUUGUUUUUUAUUUUAAUUUUUUUUUCUCCAGUAACACAUUCAACCAAAGAUGGCAUGAAUUACCUGUGCAGAUCCAAUACUGAAAAAUUUUAAAAAAGAAAAAAAAUUGACUGCCAGUUAUCAUAGUACCAAUAAUGCUAGAAAUUACAUUUUCAUUAAAGGGUUCAAAUUUUAUUGUAUUUAUAAAGCUUUUAUGUAGCUUUUGUUUCACAAGUGUCAUAGUAUAUUAUGUUUUGUGUUUUUUUUUUUUGUUUGUUUGUUUUUUUUAUUUUGCAUGGAUCCUUGCGAUGCAUUUCUUUGCACAUAUAAAUGAUAACGGGCCUGUCGGGCUUUACGGACUUGCAGGCAAGAAGAGCUGCUCUGGUAAAGAAGCAUUUUUAUAUACCUAAUGCCUUGCUUUACCGGAAGAGAAUAUCAACCGCCAUUAUAAAACAUUGCAGGACUCAUUUUAUCGAUCAGUAUAUUGAUUAGGUUCAUGUUUUAGACAGUGUGAUCUGCAAAUGAUUUUCUUUUUCAUCACAUUCCUUAAUUAGGAAGUAAGAUCAUGUUUGAAAUGGGUUCUUGUUAUCAGUGUUCACCUUCCCACAGCGUUCAUCAUCACUCUUCACUUCCAGGGAUCAGCAUACAAUCGUGUCCUGAUGGAUCCCACUGUGCACCUCAACAUCACUAUCGGGGGGGGGGGGGAAACCUGAAUGUCACCUGUAUCUGUUGUAUCUGUUUUUAGUAUCAUUACAAUCAGAGCUGUGUUGGGCCACGUUGCUCUCUCGAUGAACUGUCACUGCUUGGUUCAGUGGGGAUUUCUGGCACAAACCCAUUCACCACACAGCCUGGAGGAAUUAUAAAACUGAGUAUUGAUUUCCUCGUGCUUUCCUGGAUUUUUAUUUCUCGCCUUUGUCUCUCAUCUCUUCACAUCUCUGAAAGGGACUCUUACAGGCUGAUUACUCUGUUCAGAUUAACACAAACGCACACACUCUCAUGAAUGCAUUCUCUUUUUUUUUUUCUCAAUUUAGAGCUGUGCAGCAAACUGUUGAUUAUGAUUUUCUUCUGUUUUCUUUUUGCUGCUGUGAAAGCCUAACACUAAUAUUAUUCUUAACUAGCUAACUUGCAUAUACUUGCACAUGAGAGACAAAAAAAAACAGGAGUGCAUUGAAAAAAAAGAAGUGUGCUGAGGCCAUGGAUUUCCUCUGUUGAGUUUUAGGAGGGAAAAAAAAACUGUCAUUUUGAAUGGAGUGUGGGAAUACAGUACUUAAUGGCAGGUAUCCAUGCAUUCAUAGACUUAAUGAUCCCAGGGCGCUACGCCUUGGGAUUUACGUUAGUUUUAAAACAAUAAUAUUAAUAAAGUUAGGUAACUCUU